AUGUCUGUUCUUGCAUCCAAGCUGAUCGCUAUCAACAUUGUUGAUCUGCAAGAUGGCAGCCAUGUCAUCACCGAUGCCCAUUCCACCAAUAACUUUGACCGGUUGGCCAAGCUUGAAGCUCAAGUCACCGAGCUCUCUCAGUGGAAGAAUUCCAUGACUCCGAUCAUCUCCAACUCCAUCGCAGGAUCAAAUACUGCGUCCAACUCUGGAUCUUCGUCAGAUUCUGAAUCAGACUCCAACCAGUCGGUUGGCUCUCUCGACCCAAACUCUCUCAUGGUUCGUCAUGCAGCUUCACCAAAGAAGUCUACAACCACGACCAAGAAGAGCAACCUUCCCAAGAAGCAAGAUACUGAUGUCACAUCACGUAUCAUGACCAUCAUCCAGGGCUAUGGCCAGAACGAAGAAAACGACGAAGGCUCACCCUGGUUGGGUCGUAUCAAGUUCGAGCCUCGUGUCCGCAAACACGUAAAGGCGAACGCGCCUAUCGAGCUUGUUCUGCCUGCUUUCCCUUGGAAGAGCGUCAACAAGGUUGAGAAAGUCCUUGGUGCUGUGCCCGAUCUGGGUGAAGAGUUGGGUUUAGGCCGUCUUCAAAACCUUUGCGAAGAUAUCCAAGCCAUCUACCCGCCUGGAGCGUAUGUCACCAUCACCUCUGACGGCCUUGUCUACAAUGAUCUCCUAGGUAUUUCUAACGAGGAGGUAUACGAGUAUGGUGGUGCUCUCCGACGAAUGGCUGAAGAGAAGGGCUAUGACCGUCUUAAGUUCAUCCGUAUUAUGAACCUUCUAGGUCUUACUGACAGCCCGCACAUGACCAAGGAAGAGUACUUGGGUUGUGUUGACGACUCGCGAAAGAUGCUCGUGGAAAAAUAUCUACCCGCAGAUUUUGACGCUCGCGAUGCCAUCCUUAACGACGCCGAUAUCAAUCUGACCUACUGCGGCUACAUCAUCUUCUUGAGCAAAGACAUGCGCCACAGUCCGAUUACUGCUGGUGUCACCACCAAGCGAGAAUAUAGAACGGUCGUGAAGCGAGUUGCUCACGACAUGAUUACUCGAGGCAAGGCUUUUGCUGCCGUUAUCGAAGACCGUCUCCCCGACUACGUUCGACUCUCCAUUCACCGAUCCACAGGUCUCAAUAAGCUGUCUUUCCCUCUCGUCCCACAGCCCAACCACUUCUCCAUGACUCCUUGGCACUGCUGCAUUGCUGUUACAGCCAAGGGUCAGUUCCGCACUGCCCACGCCAUCGAGCUGCGCGAGACGCACGACGUAAUUGAGCAAGACGGUCGGCCUUACUACUACAGAGAUCGAUCUGAUGUGUGGAAGUGGGAUGUGCCGGUUGAGUUUGAGUUCUUCUAUCCCAGGGGCAUCUACGUGAGGGCAAAGCCUGCUGAGGGUGAAGCUGCUCCUAAGCUAGGUCCAAAGGAGCUUGCCAAGAUCAAAGAGCUGGGCAAAGGCUUCUCUCCUGUCAUUCCUACAGGUUUUGCUUAA